GGAGCGGCAGGUAUGAGAUGGCGGCGGGAGCACCGGCGCCCGGCGGGCGGCGCGGCGGCAGUGAUGCCAUCUGCAGUUUUGUCAUCUGCAAUGAUUCCUCCCUCCGCAGCCAGCCCAUCAUCUUCAACCCUGACUUCUUUGUGGAAAAGCUGCGCCAUGAAAAACCAGAGGUGUUCACAGAGCUUGUUGUCAGCAACAUCACCAGGCUCAUUGACUUGCCUGGGGCAGAGCUUGCCCAGCUAAUGGGAGAGGAAGACCCAAAGCUCCCUGGGGCAAACAGCACAGCCUCUGGAUUUUUUCGUUCUCUGAUGUCUCUGAAGCGAAAGGAGAAAGGGGUGGUGUUUGGCUCACCGCUGACAGAAGAAGGCAUUGCACAGGUUUCCCAACUAAUUGAGUACCUGCACAAAAAUCUAAGAGCAGAAGGCUUGUUUCGGGUGCCAGGCAACAGCAUCAGGCAACAGAUCCUAAAGGAUGCUCUGAACAGUGGUACAGAUAUUGACCUGGAUUCUGGGGAGUUUCAUUCCAAUGAUGUAGCCACCCUGCUCAAGGUGUUCCUGGGUGAAUUACCAGAGCCACUGCUCACACACAAGCACUUCCAUGCCCACCUCAAAAUUGCAGACCUGACGCUGUUUGAUGAGAAGGGCAAUAAGACCAGCACUCCAGACAAAGAGCGCCAAAUUGAAGCCCUCCAGCUGCUGUUUCUGAUCCUUCCUGCGCCCAACCGCAGUCUGCUCAAACUGCUGCUGGACUUGCUCUACCAGACCGCCAAGAAGCAGGACAAGAACAAGAUGUCUGCCCACAAUCUUGCCCUAAUGUUUGCACCCCACAUUCUUUGGCCCAGAAAUGUGACAGCGAAUGACCUUCAGGAGAAUAUCACCAAGCUAAACAAUGGAGUGACCUUCAUGAUCAAACACUCUCAGAAGCUCUUCAAGGCCCCAGUAUACAUCAGGGAGUGUGCCAGGCUGCACUAUCUGGGAUCCAGAGCCCACACAUCAAAGGACGACCUGGAUUUGCUGACAUCUGGCCCCAAGGAGCUGCAGCCUCUCAAAUCUCAGAAGCGAAGCCGGCUGGACACUUGCCAUCAGGAGGAGACCCAGCAGCGCACGGAGGAGGCACUGAAGGAGCUCUUCCGUCAUGUCAACAAUAUGCCUGACUCUGCAAAGAAGAAGAAGCUUAUCCGGCAGUUUAAUAAACAUCCUACAGCUCUGACUCCUGGCUCUGAGGUACCUACAUCCCCAGCACCACGACGCACCCGCUCGCGCUCCUUCAGCGGCCUCAUUAAGCGAAAAGUUUUGGGAACCCCAGUUAUCCUGGAGAGGAAGAACAGGGAUACCACACCAGAGCCUGAGCGAGUCAGCAAAGAGAAUGUGCAUCUGUUACAGAAAUGUGGAUCUCCUGCUCACAUGUCCCAAGCAAAGCUGAAAACUUUGGAGGGCAGAAAAGAGGAAUCCUGCAGACGCAUGCGAACCCGCCUGCUUUCCAAGGAUUCAUCAUCCCUCUGACUCGCCUCGCACCAAGGCAUGGGUGGGGAAUGCCCAGCCUCACAAGCUGUGAAUCACGUGCUGCACGGAGAGGGGAGUGCUGCAGGCUCACGGCAACCUUCCCCAGCAUGACAGCACUCUUGAAACUGGACCUUUGCAAAGACUGCAGGGACUUGUUUCUUUGUGUAUAUAAAUUGUAUUUCAUCCUACUAUGGGGCAAACCACUAUCUAACCAAAACUUGUGCAGCAUGUCUGACCUGCUGGCUCUGGGAAGAGUGGGAGUGUUUGCUUACAAGGAGAGCUCUCCGCAUUGCGGGGCCCUGUGUGCACUCCCAGCUUUCUCUGCAAUGUUGCUAGGCUGUGAUUUUCUUGCUUUUCUGCCGAGUUUUCAAUGCAUUGGCUUGUUUUUGCUUCUCCCUUGCUCUGUUAGCAGUGUGAAUGAUGGACUCCAACCUUCAUCCGCACCCUGACACCUUACCCCCAGGCCUCCUCUGGAGCCAUGUCCUCCUCUGCUCCCUCUGGGUUCUCUCUGCCCUGCUGUCCCUGUAGGGCUGGAGUGCACAAACGGUACAGAGCACAGGAUGGGCAUGGGAGGGAGAGGCUUUGAGUGCCAUCAUUUCAAUUGGGGUCAGGGGAAAACAGCUUCCCCAGUAAACUUAUUCCUCUGAUUCAGCUUGAGCUGGAGGCAGCUCUUGCUCACUGCCUGCAUGUUUCCAUGGCACAGCUGUGCCUGGUGAGCAAGGACUGUCUCUGCUUUGUGUUUGCUCAGGGAGGCUAAGCUGAGCGGGACAGGAGGUUGGCAAAGGCUGUCUGGGGCAGAACAGUUCAGCCUCUGGAAGCUGGGAUGUCUGGGGCAGGCAGUCUUGUGCUGUGUCCAGCGUAGAAAAAACAUGAACAGUGUAAGAGGCAAGACAGGGCUUCAGCCAUUUGUGAUCAGCUGCAAAUGGUGCCAAAGGCUUUGGCUUAAGAUAUCUAAAUGACUGCUCAGGCAACUUCCUGAUUAGUUAGUCAUUAAACUGGGGGAAGGGCUGGGUCUGGAUUCAGCUCUUUGGGCUGAGUUGCAGAAAUGAGAUGAAACCAUCUAGAUACAGGAUAAACCUUCAUCACAGCUGGCUAGUGUCAGUGGUCUUGUUAAACUAAAGUGCUCCAGUAAGCCGAUCUUGCCAAGUACCUGUCUGCAAGCACUCUUGGGUAGGAAACACAGAGGGUCACUACUGUGAAAUAAAGAUUUAAUCAGCUGGGGAACCAUCUAAACACUUCUCAGCCCUUCUCAGUGAAGCAAAUAAUCUCUGGAAUCCAAUUAUAAUUGUCUUCUAAUCUUUAAGAACCAGCAGGAGUUAGAGCUCUGUCCUUGACAGCUUUCAGAGACAACUGGUGGCAGGAGGUGUGAAGACUGGAACGUGAGCAGGGAGUUCAGUCCGACGGGCUAGAGCUAUCAAAACAGGGCAUUAGAGCCCUGUGCAGCUUCGCUGGAAUUUGUCACUUUUUUUUUUUACUGUGAUUUUGGGUUUUUUGAGCUACAAAGCAUGUUCCUCAUGCUGCUCUGUCCAAAGGGAUGUCCCUGGUACUUUACCAAGGAUGCCUGUCCCCAGCCUGACCCCAAAUUGGAGGAGCUGCCUCGAAAAUGUAGAGGGUAGUGGGACUGUAGAUAUGUGAGAUGGGAGUAGCUGGUGUUAGGAGCCUUUGCGGCAGCAAAGAGCAAGAUCUGGUUCUUCAGGGACUGGGCAGGUGAGGAUGCUGUGAGGAAAGGCAGAGGCUGUUUGCUGUGGUAGUAGUAUGUGCUUUUUGGAUGUGUCUGUAAUCAUUCCUUCAGGAGGCUGAAGAUGUCUAUGUGCUCUUCAAAGGGCACCAUGUGUGCUGCUGACUGCACUUCUACCCUGCCCCUGCAGUCCAUUGUUGGUGGAGACCUGGGGAUCUCAGCUUUGCCUCUGAACAAAGAUGAGGCAGAACUGAAGGUUGAGCAGCAGCACAGGGGGAGCUGAGUCUGGUCUUGCCACCUGUGCUCUUACUUGCAUCAGGGGUAGUUGCUGGGUGACACAUUUUUUCAUCCUAUCCCUCCUCUCUCCAUUUCCCCUAGCCUACUUAAGCAUGUAUCUCUUUAUGGGUGUCUGCUUGCAAGGCAGUCCUGCUGUUUAAAUACACUGCUCCGUAUCGAUAAGAGGAGCAUCACUCUUCUAUCCCCUUACUCGUUCUAGCUCAGGGACUCUGUCUGGCUUCUGGCACAGCUGAAAUUUGAAGAAGGAAAAUUAUCUAUGGGGCAUCAGCCUGGUGUUCUGCAUGUCUCAGAUGCCUCCCCUGCCAAAGGGGUGCAUGCAGUGUCCAGACAGCUGUCCCAGGAGGGGUUUGGUACCCUGGGCUUCAGCCCAUGGUGCUGUGCUCCUAAUGCUGAGGUGGGGGCUGGCUAACAGAUUUGGCCUCUAGGACGCUUGGCUGUUGGAGUCCCAAUGUACUCACACUGUCUCACAGGCACAGCAGAGUUUUAGUCAUGCCUGAAUGUGUCUCAUUUGUCUGCCCUGUGCAGUGACUCACAAGGAUGCUUCCUCCCAGAGCAGCCACUAACUGUUCCCAGAGUCUGUUAUUUCCAAAGGAUUUUCAAUCUUUGUUCUUAUUUAUAUAUGCUAUGUAUGUACUGUUUCAGACUGCUGCCUUUCUGUGUGUUCAUGUGAAAACCCCAUAUUAAAUGCUUUUAUUUUUA